CUUACCAUAAAUUUGCUUUCCAAACUGUCUUGAUAAUGACGGGCAACAUAAAUAUUACAUUUCUAUUUUCUACGUUAUCACUCAACGAUCUCAGAGGGCGUUCUCUUCGAUAAGAAGCACUCGUCCUCUCAUCGUCAUCCGAGCCCGACGCUGCAAAACAUCGCUGUAUAUAACUUCGCAAACAAAUAAGAUUGGCCUUGAAUAAUGCAACUUGGCUGGUCAUCCCUGACAGUGACGUGACGGAAGGGCAGGCCACUGGAGUGCGUGAAACAUUUUGCCCGCGUUGUGUCCACUUUUCUUGCGUCUUGGGCCGCUAAAACUCAGUUCUCAUUUCCUCUUUCCGUUCUUCUCCUCUCCCGGCAUCCGUCCGCUGUAUUCGUGCUAUCAGCCGUGGUCCGCUUUUUGCUCUCCGAUCAUGUGACCGCGGGAAGGACAUCCAACCCCGUAUCGCCACCUCCCCUCGCGGUACAAAGUGCGGUCAUAUGACUGCCGGUUUAUCGGGGCGAGCAGAGGCUCGCUGGGCACACAGGCGACACAGUGCGCCAGUGGUGUCACCGCGAGCAGGCAGGAUGUGGUGUCGCGUGCUGUUGCUGACCGCGCUCUGCGCCUCGCAGGCGCUCGGCUACGGCUACAAGACCUACUGGUACACCACACAGGUGGACCACUUCAGCUUCGCCAACAAUGACGUCUUUGAGAUGAAGUACCUGGUGAACGACACAUGGUGGAACGGCAAUGGCGGACCCAUCUUCUUCUACGCCGGCAACGAGGGCGACAUCGAGCUCUUCUUGGAGAACACCGGCUUCAUGUUCGACAUCGCGCCGGAGUUUUCUGCACUGAUCGUGUUCGCCGAGCACCGCUACUACGGCCAGUCGCUGCCGUACCCGAACUCGUCCCUGAGCGAUCCUAGCAAGGCCGGCUACCUGACCUCGGAGCAGGCACUGGCCGACUACGCCGACCUGCUGACGUACAUGCGGGCCACGCUGCCGGGCGCUGGGGACAGCCCGGUGAUCGCCUUCGGGGGCUCCUACGGCGGCAUGCUGGCCGCUUGGUUCCGCGUCAAAUACCCGCACGUCGUUCAAGGGGCGAUCGCGUCUUCUGCUCCGAUCCUGCAGUUUACGGACAUCACUCCGUGCCAGGCCUUCAGCAAGGUGGUCACCCAGACGUUCGCCAAGGACAGCGAGGAGUGCCCGCGUGUCAUCAGGAAAUCCUGGGACGCUAUCGACAGGCUCUUCGAGACCCAGGAGGGUCUGGACUGGCUCAGCUCGGCCUGGAGGCUCUGUAAGCCGCUGAACGGCUCGGAGCUAGCCGACUUCCGGAUGUGGCUCUCCGACAUGUACAGCAACUACGCCAUGAUCGACUACCCGUACCCGGCCAACUUCCUCUCGCCGCUGCCCGCAUUCCCCGUCAAGGUGGCCUGCUCCUACCUGCACGACGACCACGGCGAUGACGACAAGUCGCUGCUGACCAACCUUUACGACAUCAUCAACCUCUACUUCAACUCGACCGGCGGCGUGGACUGCAUCGACUCGUCCAGCCAAGGCACCGACUCGCUCGGAGACGACGGGUGGUACUUCCAGGCCUGCACGGAGAUGAUCAUGCCCAUGUGCAACGACGGCAUCAACGACAUGUUCUACCCGUCCCCGUGGAACCUCACCGACUACACGGCCGACUGCAAGCGCAAGUACGGCGCUACGUCCCGCCCGCUGAUGGCCCCGCUCAUCUACGGCGGCAUCAACCUUACCGCCAGCAGCAACAUCGUCUUCGCCAACGGUCUGCUCGACCCGUGGUCUUCGGGCGGAGUGAUGCGCUCGCUGUCCGAUACACUCGUCUCGGUCAUCAUUCCCAACGGCGCUCACCACCUGGACCUGCGGGCGUCGGACCCGGCCGACCCUCCCGAUGUCAUCGAGGCCCGCCGCGUGGAGCGCGACUUCAUCGGCGUCUGGAUCGCUCAGUACACAAAGACGGCCGACAACAACCAGUUCAACGCUGCCAAACGCCACUGGUGAGCGGUGACAUCGACAGCAGCCGGCCACGGCGGAUAAAGUGAGGAGUGCCUGCUCAUCAGUUAGCAAAAGACAGUGAUUGAGUGUAUGUCAUAUGAAAUCGCCAAAUAAAUGAACGGUCCGUGA